UAAUCUGUUUUAGGAUAACGUUUGCCUGAUUCGGCGUAUACUAGACCCCCAAAGAUAGGAAAACCUCAUUCCCCGAAUUUGCAACGUGUUCGGAUAUGAGAAAUUCAUCGUGCGGUUUUUGUAGAUCACAAUGUGCAAACGGUUGUUUUAGGAACUUUAGUUUGAAAUAUGCCUGAGUGCUACAGGCAGACGUUGAAAAACUCGAUCCUUUACGAAUUACCAAUUAAAAUUGGGCACAGAAUGGUUAAAGUAUGGUAACCAGUCACGGAUGUGUUAUGCUUCUUGCAGUUUCUAUGCAUUUAGUUCUUUUACUAGGAAGUGCAACUUCAAGUCAGUGCGCCUACAAGUGCACCUGCAAUGAGACCACAAUAAAAUGUAGUGAAAAGCAGUUGAGAACCAUCCCCGAUUUCAAGCGAGUCGAUUUGCAACCGGACACGAUUGAUCUCUCCAACAACAAUAUCGAAGAAGUUAACGAGUACAGCUUCGUUAAUCCCAAAUUGCAAAAGGUGAAGUACCUAGAACUGUGUGAUAACAAAAUCUUCAACGUGAAUCGGUUGGCGUUUACGAUUUUGACCGACUUGGAAUACUUAGACCUUUCUAACAAUCAGUUGGACGAAAUACCAUCGGAAGUUGUGGAGAAAAAUACUAAGCUUCUUGAGCUCAACUUGUCCAAUAAUUUAUUCGGCUUGAACACUCCCACAAUAGUAUCCGCAAGCGUAAUGGUGCUCGAUUUAUCAUCGUGCAAAUUGGAAACGUUCACCGAAGACAAUUUGAAAGUGACCCCAAAAUUGCAGGCUCUAUACAUGCACGUCAACAAUUUUCACCAUCUAGACUACCACGUGUUUCGACAUUCCAGCUUAAAAUUUCUAGACGUGUCUUAUAAUCCAUGGAAGUGCCAUUGUGAUACGAUAAAGUUUUUCGAGCACUUGAUCAAGUUCGGACUGACACGACUGCAAAGGAACGUCCAAUGUUUGCACUCCAACAAACUAUUCGAGGACAUCUACGGCCCGAACGGGCCACUGGCGAACAACUUCUGCAGUAAAAAGCUACAUUUCACUAACCACGAGCCUGCGUCGCAAAAGGUUGCCACAAAGAAUGAUGUCGAGCCUGCGGAAAAUAACGAAGUUUCUAAGUCACCCACCGGUACUUACCCAGAGAGCAUUGCCAACCUUGUCAUGCACUUUGAAGUAAUUGUAAUUACUGGGAUUGCAUCUGUGAUCAUCGUGGUCUCUUUGAUUACUUUGGCCGUUGUAGUUCGCCGAACGCAUCCGGUGCCACACACUGUGUACAGAGAAGUUCCCACUGCGGCCACGUUUUUGUAAAUGGCAGAAUUUUCUCUUGGAAAAGGACAAUUUUAAAUUUGGUAAAAUACUUGUAGAUACCUGAUUAGAUAUUACUUUCUAGAAAGUCUUUAUUUCGCUCUAAGCUUGACUCGAAUUACAUUACCCUACUAAUUAACUGUUAAAGGUGAUACUAAUAAAGUUUUCCUACUCCA